AUGAAGUUGUCUGCUACUGUUACCGUCUUGGGGUUGCUCCCCUUGGCCCUGGCCGAAUCGAUUCUGGUCACGUUCCCUUCAGGUACCCCUGACUCGGUGGUUGAUCAGGCAAAGCAAUCAGUUAAGGACGCUGGUGGCAAGAUCACCCAUAAUUACACUUUGCUCAAGGGCUUCGCAGCCGACACCAAGGCCGACUCGGUCCAACAGCUGUCAACUGAAUUCGCGGCAUACAAUCCAACUGUCGAGAAAGACAUGACUGUCACUAUUCAGUGA